UUACCAAGGCAACUUCUAUAUAAGGUCAAUGUAACAGCAACUACUCCCAUUUUCCAAAUUCCAAAAUCACGAAAUUUUUUAGAAAAUAAAAAUCUUAUUUAGAAAGAAGUUUUUUUUGUUGGAAUUUAUUUAGAUUGCAAAAUGAGACGACAAUUCACAUUCGCCUUUUCAAUUAGCGUCACAACUUUAUUAUUGGCCACCGUUGCAGCUCCUGUAACAGAAAAUACGCUAGAGGUGAAAUCCGUCCAAAAAGAUUCGUGUCAACAACCAUCUCCGUUCAUUGAUACAUGUCUAAUACCAUGCGAUACUACUGGGACUGAACCUGUUUGCGGAAAUGAUGGAAAAACUUAUACGAGUGAAAAGGAAUUACUCUGCUACCAAACUUGCCAAAAUAUUGAUCUUAAAGUGGAUUAUGAAGGAGAGUGUGAAUGUGAAAUACUAUGCGAUCAAUGUCAAGACAACCCAAUUUGCGAAAUACUUAAUGGUAACACUUAUACAUGUCCAAUAAAUAAAAUAACCUGCCAACAAGUGUGUGGAAAAAAAAUUAAUAUAGACUAUCACGGUAACUGCAAUGUUGCAGAACAAAGCUACAAUUUACCAGUGAGCAGAGUCUAAUCUUAUGGAACAGAAUUGAACUAAAAAUUCAAAAAAGCCUAUGAUUUGUUCCAAGAAAUUUUAUAAUCUUCAUUCUAAAAAAUGUUAAUGUAUAAUAUGUAUGAAUUAUGAGUUAAAUAAAAUUAUUCGAGUAUAA